AUGAAAAGCUUGAAGUCUCCGGAAGCAAAAGCUAUCCGGCGAGUGGGUUGGUUCCACCCCGAGGGGCCCAGUGGCAUCGCGAACUGCAGACACGCAGGAGUGUGA